AUGGAAGGGGCCUUCCAGGCAGUGACAGCUCUGCACAGUCCCUGGUUCUCUGAAGGUCCUCUGAGUGGGAGACACCCCUUCAUCCAGGUAACUGACAAAAUGCAUCAGAAGCCCUCUGCUGUGCAGCUGCCACAGAAACAGGGGCCAGAUCAAAGCAGGAGAGGACCAACAUCUGCAGCAACCAAAGCAAGGAAGAGCUACGCUGAGUCAGAGAUCUCCAAGGUGCAUUUGCACAACCACUUUGGAAACUCAAGUAAAGGACCUUUCUUUUCUGUUGAAAUUCAUCUUGGUAGACUUGACCUAUAUUGGUCUUUGGAGAGGUAUGUAGUGUUUAUUUCUGCCAUCCCACCUAUUUACUGACUCUUCUAGUUUCGGCUGUUAGAAAAUUUGAUACACCUCCUUUCUAUAGUUUCAUUUGAGUUACUGCUUUAAAAGAUGUUGCCUGGGAGGGGGCUGAGCCAUCGGUCACACACAUACAGAUUGUCUUCUAGAGCUUGACAUCAGACUGGGGUCAGUAUCUUUUGGGUGUGUUUCCUAAGCCAACCAAUAAUCUCCCAUAUCGUGGUCCUCAAAUUUAGAAUUCGCCAAGGGAUCCAGAAGGCUACCAUGAGAGAAGAUAUGUGCCUUUCUGAAAUCCAGUGUACUUGGCCCCCUGAUAUUUUGCAGGAGACAAGAGAUAUGUUAUGAAUGCAAAUGUAAACAUCAUAACUACAGUUUUGUAAGGAGCAAGUGUUUUUUGCCCGGAAGAACUGGUGUAUGUUUUGGACAUGCUAGGGAGCUGGGUCUGUAAAAGAGAACUGACCACAAAGAGAAAUGGGUCAAAAGAGAAUUUGAGAUAAAUCAAAAGCAGGGACUGGAGCAGCAGUUUGUGAAAAAGGCAGACGUUUCACUGACAUUGGAGGUCCUGUGACUGCAAGAGUAGAUCUUGGGCUAGAAGCACUAUUUCCCUCUAGAAAAACAGCCAUAAGACCUGGAUUCUUCCAAAUCUAGAAACUCCAGGCAGGUUCUCAACACCCCAUACUGAACCUCCCUGCCUCUGCUAAUGCUAUGCCUUCUGGAAUUCCUUUCCUUGCUGUCACUUGGCAAAUAUCUCAUCCUUCAUUUCCAUUGCAAUUCUUACAUCCUGUUAACAAGUCGGGUCUGCCUCCUCCUCGCUUCUGAUUCUAGCCUUUCCCGAUAGAACUGCUUCUCCCAUUGUGACCUUUUUGUUCCCUGUAGAAAUGUUCCUGGUUUUCAUUUGCACCGAAAACAUUUUAUGGAGGAAAGACCACAGGCUUUGAAGUCCAGUAGGGUUAGAUUUCUACUCUGACCUUGCAUUGUAUUUUAACCUAAAACGCCGUUUCCUCAUCUGUAAGUUUGGGACAAGAAUAAAUACUCAACAGGACUGGCAUGAGGAACCAAUAGAUAAUGAGCAGAGAGCACUAUUAACUGCUCUAUUAGUUAUCUCUUGCUGCAUGACUAAUUCCCCAAAUUUAGUGGCUUAACCCAACACUAAAUGCUAUUUCAAAUAGUUUCUGUGGGUCAGGAAUUUGGGAAUGGCUUGGCUUAGUGUUUCUGGCUUGAGGUUCACCAUGAAGUUGCAGUAAGAAUUGUUUGAAACUGGAGGCUCUGCUUCCAAGAAGGCUGAGUCACAUGGUUGUUGGCAGAAGGUUUCAGUUCCAACCUGGUUACUGGUGGGAGGCUUCAGUCCUUCUCCAGGUGGACCUCCCCACAGGGCUUCUUGAGUGUCUUUACCACAUGGCAGUUGGGCUUCUCUAGGGUGACUGAUCCGAGAGAGAGCAAGGUGGAGGAGGUGACAUCACUUAGGGCCUCGCUGAGAAGUCACCCACCAUUUCUUCCCACAAAUUCUGUUACAAAUGUCAGUCUUACUCCCUAUAGAAGGGGUUUUACAGAGCACUUGAAUAGCAGGCAGCGAGGGUCUUUGGGGGCCGUGUUGGAAGCUGGCUUUCCCACGUACCUAGCCCAAUGUUUAUCAAAAGCAUAUCAUAUCUUAAUUUUCUUUAUCCAUUAAUCUGUCAGUGGACAGUUUGUUUCCACCUUAUAAAUAAUAUGCUUUUAUAUAUAUAAUGGACUAUUAUUCAGCCUUAAAUAAAAUAUAUAUUAUAUAUAUAAUGGAAUAUUAUUCAGCCUUAAAAAAUGAAGACAUCCUACCAUUUGCAACAACAUGGGUGAAAUUGAGGGACAUUAAGCAAAGUGAAUUAAGUCAGACACAGACAAGUAUUGCAUGAUCUCAUACGUAGAAUCUAAAAAGGAAAAAAAGUGGAACUCAUAGUAGUAGAGAGUAGAAUGGUAGUUAUGGAGGUGAGGGGUGGGGGAAAAGUGGAGAUAUGGAUCAAAACAUACAGACUUUCAGUUAUGAGUAAGUUCUGAAAACCUAAUGCACCACACGGUGUUUGUAGUUAAUAAUAAUGUGUUAUAUUCUUGAAAUUUGCUAAGAGAGUAAUUCUCAAGUCUUCUCACUACACAUAUACAAAAUGUUUAACUAUGGGAGGUGAUAGGUUAGCUAGUUUCAUUAUGGUAAUGAUUUCACAAUGUAUACCUAUAUCGAAACAUGAUAUUGUAGACUUUAAAUAUACAUAAUUUUAUAUUUGUCAAAAAUAAAAGUAUAUUUUA